GACGAUGCGAAGGGUAAAUUCUACGAGGAAAUGCAUGCCCUCCUGAGGAUUGUGCCUCGGGGGGAAAAAUGGUUGCCCUUGACGACCACACUUACCUGGAAGGAUGUAUGGGGUUGCCGUGGUCUCGGCGACUGCAAAAAAGGGUCUUCUCUUUCUGUGAACCUGCGCAAAUCACCGCCUCCUCCUGAACAACGCCAAAUUCCAAUGCGGAGCAAGGCGACCUGGAUGCACCCCCCGACCGCGACCUCCAUGAAACCAUACGACAGAAUGCCGCCGGCCAUACCACAUUACCACGACAGUUUUACCAUCAAUUUCACCGAUGUCCACCGCGAACAUGCACGAACUAGGCACGUCUCACGUUAG